AUGUUCCUGCCUCGAUCCCUGCUCGUACUCGUCGUGGUCGCCUUUGCCCAGCACGCGCUCGCCGCACCCGCCGCACCUCGACUCGAGCGGCGACAGGCCAACUCGCUCACGUCGAUCCAGUCGACGUCGCAGGUCGCAGCCUCGACCGGGCCCUCGACCGCUCCUGCCGCCACCCCGACCGUGAGCGAGAGCGUGACGGGCACGGCCAGCGUUCCCUUCUUCUCGGCACCCGACACGUUCACCCCGACAGCGACCGGCAGCAGCGCCGUCCCUGGCUCCCUCAUCACCAUCACCAACGGGCCUUACACGAGCGACGUCUUCACCUACACCGCCGCCGCUUCGACCGUCCCGCCCACGGGCAACAUCACCAACCCGGGCGUCGCGGCUUCGGCAGGCGGCGCAGGCGGCAACACCGACCUCGGCGCAAGCCCGACCAACCUUCAGAUUGCCGGAGCGACGACGACGCGCUCUCUUGCCUCGACUGGCGCACUCGGCGUCGCGCUCAUUGCGUCCCUCGGCCUGUUGGUCGGCUGA